AUGGAUAUGAAUAGGGCUGCUGUUGAGUACGAGAAGAAAAUGCAUGCAAAUAACCUUGAACAACAUCAAGCAAUGGAGAAAAAUAUGAUUUCUAUGGCUCAUGAAAUUGAAAAACUGCGGGCUGAGCUUGCAAAUGCAGAGAAGAGAGCAAGGGCAGCUGCUGCAGCUUCUGCCGCCGCAACUCCAACUCCUGGUUACGCAGCUGACUAUGGAAACACUGAGAUGGUAUAUGGGGGAAGCUCGUAUCCUGAUCCUUAUGCCAUGCAUCAGGCUCCGGGUGUUGCUGAUACCAGUCUCCAAUAUGGUCCUGGAGUAGUACCUUAUGAUAUGCAACAACCCCCUGUACAUAGAUAA